AUUGCACGACUUGGAUACGACCCGGUAUACGUCCGGCCCGUCGCCAACUUCAUGAAUCAAAGAAUGGCGUCGUCCAUCUACUUCCCAGUACCACCCAGGCGCAACGUAAAUCUGCCUCAUUACUCGUCGACGCUCCCAUCCGCAGUCCAGGAAAAGAUGAAUCGCCGGGCUCAGUCUCGUGCAUGGUUUAUUCCCGUAGCUAUGCCUAUUCCGGGCGUGCGCACUCGGAAUUUGAGGCUAUGGAUCCUAAAUCCUCACCGUCUUCACCAGUCGAGCAUAUCCAAGUUUGGUUACAAACGCGGCUCACUCGUCCUUCUCCUAGCGUUUAUAACCCUCGUGUUCGUCACUUUCGCUCUCGCAAAGAGGUUUGGAACAGAAGAGAAAAAGUGGCCUGCUCCGUUCAUGGAUCCGCCGUCGCUGGUGUACAAAAGAGAGGACCUGCAGAGGAUUUGGCUAUGGGAGAUAGAGAGUGGUCACUAUCCAAGCAGACGGAAACUGCCAGAAGGCUUGGGAUUGCGUUCGACGCCACUAAAUCCAGCCUUACCACCGCGAAGAACGUCAAUACCUCCUCCAAGAUUCCGUGCACCACCCAGCCUGAUUUCAACCACAACAAAAGGUGUAGGGCCCAAGAGGGUCUAUCUAGACAUUCAAAGUCACCCUCCCGAUGUUGCAUAUCCUCCCCGGCCUGUUCCAGGAAGCAUCGCUGACUUGGAUGUCGUCAUGCAACAUUGCGACUUUUCGGAGAAAAAGUAUGUUCGUGACUGCUUGGAAGUACUUAGGGUAGGCGCUGGAUUAGACAACUCGAAGCGUGUACGCAGGGGUCGGAUGGACGACUGGAAAUACAUCUACCUCGAGCAGCCAGACACGAAUACGACAGAGGCCGAGCCACUGAUAUCAUAUAUGGACUUGCCCCCCGGAGUCACCUCUGUCCACGAACCAGCCGAUCCAGACAGCGGUCUAACGAAAAAGCGCGGUGUCGAGUGGGAGGCUCCUCCGGUCCGGCUUCCCCCCCCUGCUGAGCACCGUCCGUACGUUACACUUGACUUCCCGUGCGAUCCAGAGAGCCCGAGGAUAUUUCAUAUGUUCUGGACAGGUCCCUUCACUGACAAGCCCUAUCUCGCCCUCCUCUCCUUCAUUUUCACUCAGAAUACUGGCUUGUACAUCAAGGACUACCCAGUCGCUUCUGCAGCAUGUCGGCCGCAAUUUUGGUUAUGGAUCAACCCCGGCCCAGCAGCUGCAGUUCCUAAUCCUACUGCCCUUCGCGAUAUGUUUGACCAGCUAAAAGCGAACCCAUGGGCAGCACCUUUUUUGCAUCCCCGUUUCAAGGAUAUCGUCAAGUUCAAACUAUGGAACACGACAGAACAGUUAGACGGUGUUCCUGAGCUGAAGGACGAAUGGCGUUCACGGCAGACUCUAUUCAACUCCGGGGGACAUGUCAUCAACGUUCCUAAGGAGGAGAAACCAAGUGGGAGCAAGGCCAGGGAGAACGACACGGCCGCGGAUAAGGGUGCUUCCACAGCUCCAAAAAAGGAUGAAGACGAUAUACUGAAUAGGACAGGAAGUAAAUCUUCAUCGUCGUACGACCGUUUAUCCGUGAUCCUGUCGGACAUGGCGCGGUUCAUUCUAUGUCAUCGCUUUGGCGGGAUCUAUCUUGACGCAGAUACGAUUUUCCUCCGCGACUGGGAAGAGCUAUGGGGAUGGAAAGGCGCAUUCGCCUACAGGUGGUCGCGGUUAGAAAAGUACAACACCGCGGUUCUUCAUCUAAACAAAGGCUCAGCGCUGGGAACGUUCCUCUUUCGGACGGCACUGAAAAACGAUCUCGAUUUCCAUCCUAUGACGGUGUCAAGAUAUACGAAGGAGGCGCAUUUGGAAGGACUUCUAUUGCGGCUCCCGGACGCACUAUUUGAUUCGGCGUGGCUGAAUACAGAGUACUAUCAGCGCGAGCGACCACCGCAACCCUAUUUCACAGAUUUCGGAGACUUUUUUGACACGCCAUCCGUCAGCAAUGCGGCGCCAGAGGCUCUUGGCUUUGAUGGUUUCUUCAAGGGCGCGUUCUCGUACCACUUCCAUAACUACUGGUGGAAGCCAUUUGACCCUGCCCGAAAUUGGCCAGACUUGGGACCACGGUUCAUUGCUGGCGAGCGGAUAGCGAGGACUAUGCUUAAGCUGGAAAUGGCUGCAGGCCAGGAGGUGCUUGAAAUGGAUACAACGAUGGAAUUUGAUGAAGACAAGGUGUCUGAUGACCAGCGAGAUCUGGACUGGGCAACGGUGCUGAAACGGACGUUUGAGUCAUAUAUACGGGGUGAGCGGCCGAACAUGUAUGGGGAAUGGCUUGUGUGGUAGAUAGAUGAUAGAGAUACCAGCGACAUCUACGGGUGCGUUCUACGACCAUACCCUUAUCUCACGUAUACGUAUAUAUUUGUAUAAUUUAUUCUUCACGAUCAUGUACUCGGAUGUAAUGAACUUUCUA